AUGGUCACGGGAGGAACAGUUUCCUGGGAUCGGGACGGCAUGCCCUUCUUCUCCAUGGGUGCAGGCACACUACGUGUUCCCAUGGCGAUGCAUGCCGCUCACCGGCAGAAGCUUUGCCAGGUUCUGCGCGAGAGAGCGGAAAUCGGUAGAGAUGCGGUGAUCUUCCUUCAAGGAGGCAAAGAGGCCAGCGUCUACGACACGGACACCAACUGGGAUUUCAAGCAGGAGAGCAACUUCCAGUACCUCUUCGGAGAGCCCGACUGCUUUGCCGCUUUGCGUGUUCGCGACGCGCAUGCGGUGCUCUUUAUCCCCAGGAUGGACAACAUCUACCAGGCCUGGUGCGGUCCCAUCAAGCCGCCGGCCUGGUUCGAGAAAGCCUACAGCAUCGAGGAGGUCGCACAUACUGAUGAGAUCCAGCAGACGCUGCUAGACUUGGGUGCCAAGGAGCUUCUUUUCGUCCGUGGGUCGCCCAACAGAGACUCCGGUCUCCAACUGGAAGAACCCACUUUCGAUGGCAAGGAUACGUUUCAACUCAACAGCAAAGGCAGCAGUGCGCUGUGGGAUGAGCUGAACGAAAUUCGCUCAGUGAAGGACGAAGAGGAGCUAAAGCUGCUUCAGUGGACGAAUGACGUGUCUUCAGAGGCACACAUUGAGACCAUGCGGGCGGUGAAGGGUGGUCAACGGGAGCACCUGGCAGAGGCCACCUUCAAGUACAAGGCCGCCCUCCACGGCUGCUUCCGUGUGGGCUACAGCUGCAUCUGCGGCUCGGGCAGGCGUAAUGCCAUCCUCCACUACGGCCACGCUGCCGAGCCAAACUCUGAGCGCCUCGCCUCAGUCGACAGCCGUUGCCACCACGGCGAGUCGAAGGCGAGCUCCUGGGCUCCGGCCUCCCGAGGCUUGUGGAGCCAGGGUCCCUGA